AACUCUAUUUCAAGUUAAAAUCAUAUCAGAGUUACAGCUCUGUGGAUAUACAAGAUGUUUUCCAUUCUAUUUGCCUUGGUACAAGUUGGAGUAUGUUUCGCCUUUAGAUUUAGUUCGGAAGAAUAUAAUCCAUAUGUUAAUCCUAUAAUGGCCUGGAUUUACUCUGAUGUAAGAUGCCAGCCCUAUUACCUGGAACAUACUGAUAGAUACUUCUGUACAGAUGAUGGUGUAUUCACAUGUGUUAAUGGAUGGACUGGAGAUAACUGUGAUGAACCUGUUUGUAUAAAUGGAUGCAGUAAUAAUGGAAAAUGUGUUGCCCCAGAUAUUUGUAGAUGUGAUAUGGGAUACCAGGGGGGCACUUGUCAAUCUUGCAUCAAGCAUCCAGGUUGUAUUCAUGGAUCAUGUAAUACAGCUUUUGAAUGUAACUGUGAGGGUGGUUGGGAGGGCCGAGAUUGCAACAUUCCCAAAUGCAGUGAGGGUUGUGAUCCAGAUUUUGGAUUCUGUGAUACUCCUGAUACAUGUUUAUGCAAGCAUGGUAGUGGUGUACAAGGACCUAAUUGUACUGAGUGUAUGACUAAAGAAGGAUGUAAACAUGGUACUUGUGCGAACCCUGGAGAAUGUAACUGUGAUGACAAGUUCUGGACAGGACAUCUUUGUGAUGAGCCAGUUUGCAGUGAUGGAUGUAGUAAGAAACAUGGAUAUUGCAAGGAACCAGCUACAUGUAUUUGUAUGUUUAGGGAACCAGAUACAUGUAUUUGUAUGUGAAGGGAACCAGAUACAUGUAUUUGCCU